CGACAGUAAAGAAUGCAGAAAGGAAGAAAGGGGGAAAAUUUCUUCGUUCUUGAGAAUCUCGACUGCAGAAAUACACAUAGAAAUCGGUCAGAUGGGGUGGGAGUUGCAUGGGAAAAGCUCGAUGAUCAAGAUCACCAAGAUGUGGUAAAUCAAAAUAACCACAUGGUGCAUGAUUAUGGUCACAAUGAGGAAGAUCCAAAAGGGUGGGAAGGAGAAUCACCGUUUACUUUAGAUUCUCAGCAGCUUGUGGAAGGUCUGUCUUUAUGUGAUGAGCUCCUUCAGAGUCGGUCCUCGAAUCCUGAUGGAGAUGAUGAAGAAAGAAAGGCCAAACCCUGUCAUUCUGAGUACGCUCGCUUAGGGCCGGAAGAUCUAAAAAGGGAUUUAGAAGAGUGCCAAAAUUUGGGACUUCUUGAUCCCGGAGAUAUUGAACUUGAUACGUUACUGAUGCUUUCCAGACUCCGCCAACUUGGAUCGGUUAAGUAUCGGAAAUUUGGGUGUUUUAUGUAUAAGAACCAGCUGCAAGAACUAGCACAGAGAAGUUGCUUCAACCUCCCUUCUUAUUCAUGUAUUAGAGAAGGACCUGAUCAUGCACCUCGGUUCAAGGCUUCUGUGAACUUUAAUGGUGAGAUCUUUGAAGCCCCCAGCUAUUGCACCACACUCAGACAAGCAGAGCAUACAGCAGCUGAGGUAGCACUCAACACCUUAUCAACAAGAGGUCCUUUAAGGUUUCUAGCUGCAAGAGUUCUUGAUGAGACUGGAGUCUAUAAGAACCUCCUGCAAAAAACUGCUCACAGAGCUGGUCUGAAUCUCCCAAUUUACACCACCGUGAGAUCAGGGCCUGGGCAUCUACCUGUCUUCACUUGCACAGUUGAGCUUGCUGGAAUGAAUUUUAGAGGAGAAGCGGGGAAAACAAAGAAGCAAGCUGAGAAGAAUGCUGCCAUGGCUGCCUGGUCUGCUUUAAAGCAAAUGCCAAACCUGGGUUCUUCAUCUCAGACAAACAAGGAUAACGAGAGCAGUGAAGAACAGGAGCAGGUGAUCGUUGCAAGGAUUCUAUCAAAUUACAAGCCCAAAGAUGAAAACAAGACCUUGAAACAGAGGGAUCAGAACCAUGAGAGAAGAAGAGUGGUAUUGAGUCAUGGAGAUAACAAUAUUAGCUCCACUUCUUCCUGCCAUAACAACACAUUGAAGUAUCAGCAAUGGAGAUUGAUGGAUCUAUACUCUGAUUUAUCGUCAAUCUACCCAACCCAAACGCAGAACCAGAGUCAGAACUCCUUCUCAGCACCUCUCCCUCCUCCCAUAAUCUCAAAGAUCUUACCUACUUCUGCCAGAGAAUCCAAGCCAUCGCUUGACUCAUCAAACAGGGCCAUUACAGUACAGGUUAGAAACGGAUCCAAGGUCAAUAUUCAGGAGAUCCGACCUCCAUUGGAAGAACAUCAAAAAGAUGAAGAGGAGUGGCUCAAUGGGAAAUCAAAUGUCACAGAGGAACAAAUUGAGAAGGAUGCGAAAUCCGGUUGCGUCUUCAAGCAAACACCGGGCUAUCAGUGGCCAUUCCCAUUAACCCAUUACCGUAACCAGAGAACCCAGAUGAGAACUAGCAAUUUAGGACCUGUUUCUACUCCCAUUGCAGCAACUCCCCCUAUUCCGAAUAUCUUGAACACCAGAAGAUUCCAUGCACAGGCACAGGGGAUAGCUCCGGCAGUGAAAAUUCGUACAGUGAUCCCAGUGUGCGCAGCCCCACCUGCAAGGCCUCCGGCUCCAUCAUCGAAUCCUCCUCCAACCCCACAGAUGAAAGAAGCCUCACAGUCACAGUCACACAACAAAUACUUGGCCUCGGUCUCCACACAAACAGUAGAAGGAGAGCUUUCAUCAGCGAGCUUAGAUUUCAAAAGGUUACAGUUAUGAACAUCAAUGACAAUAUAAUCCUAUUUUAAACCCGUAAUUAACAUAUGAUAUUGUGCAAUUUUGGCUUGAUGAAGAAUCUUUCUAUAAAGUAAAAAACCCCUUUUAAUUUAAAA